GGGUAAUGAAAGAGAGGGCAACCCAACGAAACAAGCUGAUACAAACAGAGAGAACACAAAUGAGUCUCUCACAAUCACAAGGGAAGGGCAUGGCAUUAUAUUGAAAGAAACAAUAAAUAGUGGCUGCAACACUGGGGUCAGAAGAUGAGAGGAAGACAUUUAAAUGACACGCAAAAGAGAGUUGUGAUUGUGAGAAAUACUGGAGAGAAAAAAAAAGACUAUCAGGCUUAGAUUCAGAAUAAAACAAAAAAAAUCUGAACAGCAUCUUUCACAUCAUAGCAUCCACACGGUUGCUGUGACCAUAAAGGUACCAUCAACUUUAGGAAAGGAGAGAAUAACAUGCUGGAGAGGAGUUUGCGUCAACUAACGUUAACUCCAAAAGAUGGCAGUAGUGCAGCGUUAAGGAUACAGGCUGCCUUUAAAAAAAAACAAAGAAGAAGACCCGCUUGCCCAUCACCAUGGUAAUGCACAUCGCCGAAACAUAAUACAUAGACACUUGUUGUAACGUAUAACUCACACAGAUGGCGCAGCACACCCCGCAGCCGUGUAGCGGUUCACCGGACCGUUAGCUAGACGCCCCCGUCAGAGCCGCGUCUCGUCGGUUAUCUUUGGCACAAGGAAGGUCGACCCACCACCAUGGCCGUGUCCGUCGAAGAGGCGUCUUCGUCCGUUGUCCGGGAAUACCUGAGCCGGAAGGGACUCAGGAGGACGAUCGCUUGUAUGGAUGAAGAACUUCCGCGCACAGAAUCCAGUGUCAACAACAGAUCACAUUUGAGGCAGAUCCUCAACAUGGAGGGUCUCUAUAGAAAGAAUAAAGCUCAGCUCUCCCCCCUGAAAACAUUACUGGAGAUUAUUGUAAAGCAUCAGGUUGAGGGCCUUAAGGAUGACCAGAUCCCCAUCAGUAAAAGUGAUUCCCUGCACUACGCUCAAACUACGAACUUGAUUGCUAAUUCUCCUGCAGUAACACCAACAUUGAUGAGUGACUCAAAGACAGAGGAUCACACAGCUUGUGUAAUCGGCAAAGACACCAACUUAUGGUCUGAUAUAGGAGAGAUCUGCCCGUCUCAACCGAUGCAUACAUCAUUAUUGCCUGAGACGGAUAGACUCUCCAGUCAAAAUAAAACAGGUUUCAGGUCUCAUCACUCAGAAGAUCAUAAACUCCAGCCACUGAUUGCUUCCGUCCAAGACAAUGAGAGCUUCAUCAGAAGAGAAUCAGAAAAAAAGACUUCCACCACUGAGAGCACCCAACGGAGCAAAAUGAAUCGAAUUAGACGUGGCAUGAUUGCUGGACCAAUAGCUAGCACACUUCAGGAAUCAAACAAAAAAAGGCAGACUCGAAGGCUAGAAGGGCCCCAGCAGCUGCUCAGAAGAGAAGAAGAAAACAAGCAGUCUGUGGAUGGACUUUUAGUGAGUGGCGUACAUCAAAAAAGCUCAGAGAGCGGAAUCAAUUCAGCUGACUGCUUAGGAGGGCAAUGGGAGUCGUGGAGUGCACCAGACAACUUUGAAAAAGUGCAACAAGACAUACGGACAACUACAAAAGUAAAGUCUUUGACCAGGCCAAAUGGGGCUGAUUUGAAUGUGGCUGAGAUGGUUUUAGAUGACAUCGAUGAUGAGGAUCUGCGAGAACUCUCCAAAGUGUCCAUCCAGAGAACUGUCGCAGAGCGUAGCUUCGCGGGCGGCCCGAUGGACCAACACACUGCCGUGGAGUUGAAAGUGAUUCUGAUUGGUUCCAGCCUGAAUUGUUUCAAUGUUGAGUGGAGGAAUCAAGGUUUCCCAUUCUCAGAAAUGCACGACCUGAGAUAUGGAAUUGUGCAGAAAAAGGGGGGUCCUUGUGGAGUUCUGGCAUCCAUCCAAGCCUUUGUUCUAAAGAAACUGCUAUUUGAAAACGUUGAAAGCAGUAACACAGGCCUUCAGAGGUUAAGACCUUCCAACACAACCAGAAGAAAGUGUUUGGCUUUAGCGGCGGCUGAAAUACUGUGGAGGGCUGGCGAGGAAAAACAAGCCACAAUUGCAAUAAAUUCCGGGAGAAAUCAUUUCACCCCAACUGGACAAUACAAAUCUGAAGGAGUGCUUGAAAAGAUAACAUGUUUCACGGUGGAUAACGUCAAAGACCUGCAGUAUCUUCUGGAGCGGCAUAUCAAUCAGUUUGAGACCGGGGUGUUGGGAUGCAUCCUACUCACCAUAUCUGCAGUUCUCUCUCGAUCCAUUGAAAAAGUAAGGGACGAUAUGGACGUGCCCACCACCACACUCAUCGGAGCCCACGGCUACUGCACUCAGGAGCUGGUCAACCUGUUGCUCUGCGGCAGAGCAGUUUCUAAUGUCUUCGACAAUGACAUGGAGUUGGACUCAGGCAAUGGCAACAUGACUCUACUGAAGGGAGUCAAAGGCCACUGUAACGUUGGCCUGAUGUCCUUGUUUGAACACUAUAACAUCUGUAAGGUAGGAGCUUACCUGAAGACUCCCCGUUACCCCAUUUGGGUGGUCUGCAGUGAAAGCCACUUCAGCGUGCUGUUUGGCCUGCAGAGGGAGCUGUUGACCAAUCGGUGCCAAAGCCUGGAGUUUGAACUCUACUAUUAUGAUGGACUGGCCAAUCAACAGGAGGAGAUCCGCCUCACUGUCUCUGUUGGCGAAUCGGCCCUGAGCUGUCAUGAUGCCGACACAGAUCUCAUUCCUCCACUGGAGCACUGUAUCCGAACAAGGUGGAAAGAUGCAUUUGUCAAUUGGAAUGACACGGAGCCUAUUCUCUGACUGAUCACAUUUGCAUCACCAAUAAACACUAUUGCAUACAUAUUCUUCAUAUACAACAUUUACUAUUUACCCAUAUAGUUUAGCAUUAUCAUGUUUUUUUCUCUUAUUAGUGAGACCCAGUGUCGUUCUGCCAAUUGUUUACAUGAUAGAAUGGCGUCACACACUGAAUGUACGGCUGGAAGGGGUUGGGCCCAAACUGGGAUAUAGAAUGUCAUAUCAGCCAUAAAGUGUCAUGCUGUUUGCUUACAAAACAAUGUUUGAGAUAAUGCAAUUCAUUUAAAAAGUAAUAAGCAUGAGGUAACUUUUUCCUAAAAUAUACAAGUUUGGAGGGAAAUAUACUUUUGUUGCUGAUGAAAUGUAAAUUACUGCCAGAUGCAAUAUUGACCACAGUGGCCUUUUACUUUUUUUUUUACAGAAAGAUAUAAUGGAUUAUAACUAAAUUAAUGAGAUCCCUUGUAAUAUCAUAAGAACACACAAGACUGGUGUGUGCGUUUGUCAAAGAGAGUGAUUGUUAUGAUAGACCUCAUGUGGAACAGAAAAUAGUCAAAUUAGGAUUGAUUUAUAUUGCGACAAAUCAAAAUAAAGUUAUCUCAUUACACUUUUCAUGUACUGUCGCAGAUCUCGACUGUAUUCUAUAUUUCAGAGUUAAAGAAAGUCGUUCGGACCUCUACUGUCUCCACACAGUGGUUGUUGUCUGGGUUCAAUUCUGUCCUUUUGGUUUUUGUCCUGCUUUUAACUUCCAACACAAUAGAGGAAAUAUUGAGAAACUACUGUUGUGUAUCCUCAGUAGUUUUAGUGUCUGUGGCUUUAUAGGGACAACAUUUUUUAUUUAAAUUGUCUGAGCUGGGUCAAUGUAAUAUUAGUGUGUUUUCCAAAAGUCGAGGGCCGACCCUGCUAGAAACAUCCCUGUGCUUGGUGCUAUGCAUGUAGGACUAUAUGUUCAUGAAGAAAAAACACCCCUUUGUGCAUUUGAGGAACUCUUUAAUAGUUGAACAUUUAUGUGAAUCUUACACAUUUUCCCAAAUAAAGAAACAGACUCUAAGCUAAUUGUGAAUUAAUUCAACUGUGUCACAUGUCAGGGUGAAAAUACAAAUUCAGCUGAAAGAUGCCUUGCAGUUAAUGGUGCAUUUAGUCUUUUUGCCAUGGCAGGCGUCAGAGCACACACAGUGUGGGGCAUGCAGAGUGGGUGGCAGGGAGACCUGUGCCAACACCUCCAGCACACGGGAUCAAAGACACUUCAGCUGGCACACAGACCGCUGCAUUAAUUUCCACUUCCCAUCAAACUGUCUUGUUGUGCAAAUUGGACCAGAGUCCACAUAAUAUCUUGGAAAUGCAUUGUGGGGAAGUCAACGCAUACAAAACAUAUUGGCAACAACAGAAGCUGCUUUCUUUAUUACAUCUGUCAAGUCCAUAAUAUGCAUGACAUUUCCAUUUUGGUGCGAUGUAAACGCUAGAAGAGCUCUGACGAUUACAAUUCAUUCAUCUUUCAACUGUCAAAUUCCUAAUGGAAGCUGUAUUAUCUGCAUGUAUAUCAUUGGUGACUCAUGUAGGGAUUCAUGCAUUUGAAAAAAGACAUAGGAAGAGCCAUGAAUUAAUCAUGAGACAUGGAGCGAAUCAAUGAGCCCAUAACAAUUUUACAGCCAUCAAGACUACUGCAAUCACUAUAAAUAAGGUGGCUUGUUGAAUGAGGCUUUGGGGUCCAAGAAAUUGGAUUAAAGUGUUUACUUUUGCAACAAAAUUCUUGUGCGGAUGGAGGGGGGGGUUGAUAUACGUCAUAAGGGAGCCAUGUUUAGGUCUUGGGUUAUAUUCUAGUCAUAAUCUUCCCUGAAUAGUAGAAUGUAAUAUUUUAGUAAGUGCCAAUAGGCUAAUCAAAUUACAAAUGUGUGUAUUAUUGCAAAGUCAAUUAAAGGGAAUCUGGGAAAAUCC